AUGCCACAGGAAUUCCAUAUUCAAUCCAAUAUCUCCGAUAAGCAGCUGAAUCACCAGUCUACGUCACUCGUUAUCCCUCAGAUAACAAGGUUAAGAAUCCACAGUUCUAUGUACUAUAAAAUAAAAUUAGAUCGAAGAAGUUUACGAGGAGAUACAAUGAAACAAGUAUUGAAGGUUCUGGUUAAUGAUUUUGGCAGAUGCUAUGACCAAUCUGCUUCUAUGAUAAAUGUUUGUGGUAACGUAGAGUUUAAAUGCAUGUUAAUGAAGAUUAUAGAAAUUUGUCCGACAUGGGCCCAGGUUUGUGAGAUACUUCAACUAGGGAGUGAACUCCACAAGCAGUACCUCUUUAAUGAUAAAUAUAUAGUGGCUUUAUUAUUGGUAUAUCUGAGAAUUCAAUACUACUAUUUGCCAGAUUCUAAGUCUGACGAAAGAGGUGCUUUGCAGGAUGUGGAUAGUACCGGUAAAAUCACUACAAGAAAGAUUAAAGCCAUUUAUAAGAACUUUCUUUGCGAUUUCAGAAAAUUAAAGAGCAUUAAUUUUGAAGUGGACUGCUGGAGCAGCUCUAUGCAGAAAAAUGUAUGCAUAUAUCACUUGGAUGAGAUAAUUGAUCGUCUCUGUACUGAAGACAAUAUAUGGGGAGUACCACUGGGUAAGUGCCAAUGGGCAGCUAAUAUAAUUGAAGAUGAGUCCGGUAGUGAAUUCGAAGAUGAGUCCGAUAUAAGUGAUGUAGAGAAUUCUUCCGCUGUUGCAAAUGUUAACAACUAUGACAGCAGUUCAAAUUGA